UGGUCACAAGUCAACAAAUUACACUAUAACCCCUAAAAUAAAUCAAAAUGCCUCUCGAUUACCGUAGAUUUAACGGCCCAGAAGAUAGUGUAUCCUACAAACGUUUCACAAAAGACUAUUUAAAAACCUACGACGAACUGCACAAAGAUUUAAUAAACGAAAAAGGCUCACGGAAAGAUGGGCGCGCUCUAUCCGAAGCCCGAAGCAUGUUUGCGAGAACAGAUAUGGUGUCUCAAGCAAAGGGGUCGGCGUAUGUAGAAUUGAAGAAAACUAAAGUUGUGUGUUCCGUUUUUGAUCCAAGAGAAAUACCACAUCAAAACGAAUUUAGCCAACUGGGGCAACUGUAUUGUGAAGUGAAGUUUGCUCCAUUCUCGUGUCCCCGUGAACGCCGACCGCACGCGCCAGACACCGAAGAAAAGGCAUUGUCUGUAGCUCUGAGACAGGCACUGGAACCUGCAGUCUGCAGGCAUUUGUUUCCUAAUUACCAGAUUGAUGUUUUUGUCUACAUUUUGGAACAUGACGGAGCCUGUCUAGCUGCAGCCAUCAACGCCGCAGGCCUAGCAUUAGGAGACGCUGCUGUCCCUAUGUACGAUAUAAUCACCGCUUGCUCCUUAGCUGUCAUUGGAGACAAGACAUUUAUAGAUCCCACCGAGGCUGAAGAACAUGUGGCCAUAAUGAGUCCAGGGAACAAUACUAACCACGGAACAGUGACCAUGUCAAUGUUAUCAGGGUUGAAACAGAUAUCGGACUUCAGAUUAACGGGCUCUAUGGACGUAGAAUGUACGACAAAUGCCAUGGAGGUUUUAGAAAAAGAGUGUGAUAGAAUUGUUCCGAAUAUACAGAAGGUUCUUGUUGUAAAUGUGGUGAACCGUUUGAAACAACAGGCGGUUCUAAAAGAGGAGGCUAAGAAGAGGGAAGUAUCAUUGAAUGUUAAGAUGGAGGAGUGGAAAUCAUUAUUAAACGAUUCUCUUAUUUAUGUUUACACUUCUAAGAUAUUUCAAUUAUACAAAAUGUUAAAAGGAAGUCGGAAAUCCAAAUUAACAGAAUUAAAGCGAAAUGAAGAAGAACUUCGAAAACAAGCGAGAAAAAUUCUUCGUAAAAAGCAAGACACUCAAAAAAGGGUGACACAUCUUUUUUUGCACGAGAAAUCCCUGACUGAAAUUCCCAAACCAAAAAAUCCAACACAUAUUGUAUAUGCUUACUACCACAGCAAUCAGAUAACGUCGAUUGAAAAUCUAGAUCUUUUAUACAAUUUAACUCAUCUACACCUUCAAUGGAAUCAAAUAAACAAGAUCCAGGGCCUCGAAAAACUUCACAGAUUAAAGAAGUUAUAUUUGAGCCAUAACAGAAUUAGUGUGGUUGAGAAUUUGGAAACACUGAAGUAUUUGGAAGAGCUGCAUAUUGAGAAGCAAGAUAUUAGCUGCUCAGACGGGCUGUGCUUUGAUCCCAGAACUAUGUUAGCCAUAGGGUCAUCGCUACGUAUUUUGAAUGUGUCAGAGAACAAGCUAACAGAUGUUUUAUGGGCUAAACCACUUCGCCGAUUGGAAGUCCUCAUUGCCAAGAAGAAUAACUUAGACGAUUUUACCGAAGUUGCGGAUGGCCUUUGCACGUUGGUAUCACUAGUAGAUGUGAAUUUCUUAGGCAAUCCAAUGACCAAAAGGCACCGAUAUAAAGAAACAAUUAUAGCAAGAUGUUCACAAUUACGAGUCUUAGAUUCUGUGGUUUUGCACACCACGUCGAAAACUUUCCUCCGAAGUUUUGAUAAAGCCCUGCGACUACGUCAAAUGCAUGAAAAGAAUAAAAUUAGUAUGACACAACAAGGUGCGGACGAAUUCAUGGAGCUUAAUAUGUUACCGGGACCCCGAGCUCGUAGCGCUAUCACUAUAUCGGAAACAGAAACGAACCGGAAAUCUAAUGUGACUGUGCUCGACGCUACCAGCAACUUCAUGCCACGCAAUCUAUGGAACAGGACACUACUAUCCCCUAGCGAAACUAUAGCUCCUCCGAGUGAAGCACCGAAAAGAAAAGAAUUUUUUUCUGACUCGUAUGAACAACCCAUUAAGGGAAUUUUGAAGAAACCCAUGCCUAUGAAAUAUAUUUAA